CUUAAAUUAAUACUAUACAUUCUGACCUGGCCGUCGCUACGUUUAGCUCACCCGCCGACGAGGUUCGACCGACCUGUCGGCCGUGGCUCGAAUCCAGUAUGCAAUUUCAAGCUGCUGUCACAUCACACUCAGCGUAUAAACAGUACUAAGGUAUCAUUUUUGGCGGUUGCUUAUCGGCAAGCGCCUUCGUCGCCAACAUUUGUCGCUCGUGCAUGCAGCCGCUGUUCAUUUAGUGAAGAACUAUGCAAAUUGUGCAUAACGGCCGGUGUGAGAAACUAGAUCCGCUGACUGAUAGGAGGAAGCUACAGUCCCUAGCCUGACUAGCCUGCUGUGCCCGACACAUGCCGCUAAGCACGAGCGACGAGAAACUGAAGACACCAAGCUUACAGUUUACAGUUCGGCAAUACCGCAGUAGCAGCUAGCGACGUUAGACGCUCAUCAGCGGUGAACCCUCUAAGCCGGCCUCCAGCAAAAUGCGUGGAAGCCCCUCCAAGGUCUCGCCAUGCCCCAGCAGCCCUCAAGCAACAGCCACCGGCACCCCGUUGUCGGUAUGCGUGGCAGUUGUGGAUGCUGCUGCCCCUGAAGCAGACAUGCCUUGCUCUCCUCAGCCCGCUAAAGGCAGCGAUGCCUUCUGCAUGCCCCAGUCAGAAUCUGACAGCCGGCGUGUCAACCUGCGCAGCGCAGUGCUUGACACCUACGAGUACCACGGCCUUACCUACCUUGCAGCGCGGCUGGCCUUUUGGGCACUCGUGGUGGGCGCUUUCUUCUCCACCUACACACGCGAACAGAUCGUCAAUUCCGCCAACAUGGUGGACAAGCUGACGCGGUUCGGUCCCGCCGGCCAGGAGCGCAUCUUCAAGGACCAGACCACCAUGGGUGAUGCCGUGGCGUACAUCUUUGACCUGCGGUCAUCGCUGUUCGGCGGGACUUCGCCACCCACGCAGGCGAAAGCGGCGGCUGACCCCAGCGGCGGGCAGGACCAGGUCUCAAUGCAACAGUUGGCCCUCGGGGAUUACUCACGGCUAGGCUACAUGCGGCUUGUCUUGGACCUUGACAGCAACUGCCGUUACCCUUCCCUGCCGUGCUACUUAACGGAUAACGCAACUCUCGCGUCCAAAUUUUGGAACAUGUCGACGACCAACGCGCCGAGCUUCUUGUAUGCAUCUAACAAGCUGUUCUCAGCCGUACUAUACAGCAACACGACACCGGGCUCCGCUACAACGGCUGCUGACCGGUUCCUCCAGUUAUCCGUUGACGCGGAUUUCGUGGCGAAAUAUGCGUUCAAGAUUGCUCUUGAAGUCGUGUGUGAUUACAGCAUAUUCCCAAACAGGUAUGCCUGGGUCGCCCUCACUGCGCACCGGUCAACGCUGGUUCCCAACGACCCCAGGCUGGACGACGCCGUCUCCGUCUACACCGCCACUCUAGACCUCAGCGGCGACCGGCCCUUCGCGCCCUGGUCCGUCCUGCUUGUGUCGGUGGUGCUGCUGCUGACCCUGGCCUACAGCGGGGUGCUGGUGCGCUCCAUCUGGCUGUACGACUUGCAGCGCAUGCACGACUGGCGGGACAAGGACGCAAAGGGGACGCCGGGAAUGGAGCCGCGGCGGAAGGCAGGGUGGGCGAGGACCUUAGCCACGUUCUUCACGUAUAGCCUUUGGAACAGCCUGGAGCUGCUGGCGCUGCUGCUGUGCCUGCUGUGGUGCUGCGUCUACAUGUACGGCAUUUACGCGGUGGCCACCUCCGCCUACUCGCUGCAGCCCAGACAGCCGCAGUCGUCAUUCGGUGAUGAGAGCGACUUCAACCGGCUGCUCUACUGGGGCUGCCUCGUGUCUUUCUGGUACGAGGUGGGCAGCUUCACCAUCCUGCUCAACGGCCUCUCCCUCUACCCCUACUUCCGCGUCCACAGGGGCAUGCGCCUGUACCUCUACGUUCUGUCGGCGGUCUGGAAGGCCAUCGUGAACUUUGUUUGCUUCUUCGCCUUCGCCUUCCUGCUGAUCGGCUUCUUCUGCCUAGCCAGCACACAGCUGCCAGGCAUCCAGCCCGACUUGACCUACCCUGCCACAGCCUUCGCCGCCCUGUCCAAGCUCAUGUUUGGGUUCUACAGCUACGAUGAAUUUGUGAACAGCACCGUUCCCAAGACAGCUCUCAUGGCCAGCAUGCAGGAUGCCGUGUUUUGGAUUAGCAUCAUCAUGCUUUACAUCUUCGUGCAAAACAUCCUCCUGGCAAUCGUGGCCAUCGCCUACGAUGAAGCCAAGGCAAGGGAGGCUCCAGCUGAGGCGACCUUCCCCUUCACCGUGUUCGUACGACUGCUCUGGUACCCUGUCAUGGCCUACUACCGGCUCUACCGCCGCAUGAGUCUGCACCAGAUGCUCAGCGAGCUGGACACCUGGCCCUCCUCCACCUUCACCCUCUACUUCCGACGCUGGGCCCUGGCCUGCACCAGUGAGGCGCAGGCGCUCCAGGCCUACUACACCUACUACUGCAACUGGCAUUUCAAACCGCGCUCUCCCUGGUUGUACGACCCGUUUAAAAUCGCAUCUGCAGCGUACAGGCAGGUGAGUGACCUGCCGCCGCACAGCGUGGGCCCAGCCCUGACACGCGCGCAGCUGCAGGAGUCGCUGCGAGCGCUGGGCGCCACUCCCAGCUUCCAGCGGCUGUGUGCGCUGCGGCUGCCCUGGCCGCUGCACCGCGUGCGGGCCUACCAGUGGCACGAGCGCAGUCUGGACACGCUGAUGGAGAUGGUGUGGGGCGUGUACAGCUACGAGGAGGAGGCAGCGGCGGGGGACAAAGCGCUGGAGGCAGCGGUGGCGGCGGUGCUGAUGAGGGGCGGUGGUGCUGCUGGGGGUGCUGCUGGGGAGGCAGAAGCGCCGUUGCGGCGGGGGCUGUUUGCCAGAGCAGCGCGGGCAGCUCCUGCAGCGGGGUAUUACGAGGGCGCACGGUGAUGCAGGGGUGCAUUGGCCUUGCCGAGCGGGCCAGUGGCACAUGUGGAGAGUGUGUGCCUGCUGUCUGUCCAUGACGACCGCGCCUGACGUGUCGCUUCGGGGCUGAUAAAGUUGAUUAUGGAUAUUUAUGAUCGUUGCAUGCGUCUUUUGGAGUGAGGUCGUGACCCGCCAUGGGGCCUCGUCGCACGUGUCCUGUCGCCACUUGUUUGGAGCCCAGCAGCGGCCGCUCCAGGGGCCGCUCGUACACAGCAUGCAACACGUCAUCAUGGUCACUGUGGUAGUCGGAAACGUAACGUAGGAUGCAUGCGAGCUGGAACGUGUGUGCAUUCGGGUAUGUGAGCUGCAACUGAAGGGGCGCGCAUCAAAACACCUACCGUGAUUCCUCUGUCCGAAAUCCUGCCAGGAAAGCCGUUGUGUUCCUGUUCGCAGGCCACAUGCGCAACGUCUCCCUGCUGCUGGCCACCAAGCGUCCCAUUUGCCAAGCUCAUUGCUGUCGUACAUCCAGCGGAUUAUUGUUGAAUCGGCAUCGCACCCUCGGCACCCUCACAUUAAUAGCAUCAGCUUAUCUCCUGGUUGUAAGCCGUAUACCCCCUUGCCAAUCUGUCCGGGGGAGCAUCCACC